AACGCUGUCAAAUCGGUUUUGUAAACAGUAAAAUCGCUUCAUAACAAAAAUAAUUCCAAUUUUGAGAUUAAAAUCGAAUCAAAGUGAAAUUUAAAAUUCGCAAUGAAUGCUUCUGCGGAAAAGUGCUGCAUCUGUGCCGAGAAAACGUCCGCCCACUUCCGGAACCUGAUGCAACUCGUCACAAAGUAUUCCGGAACGUUGCUGUACAAGCUGAUCGAACGCUUUCUGGAGAUGGAUCUUUCCGGGAAUGCCGCCAGCCUGAUUGCGUCCGUCGUCUGCCAGGAGUGCGUAAUCAAACUGAACGAUUACGAUGCGGCCCAAACGAAGGCCCUGAUCAUCCAGCAGGAGUUUACCGAUCUGCUGCGGAAGAACCUGGUCGUGGUGGGCGAAACGGGGAAGGUCAAGUUGGGGGAGGAAAUGUAUUUCAAGGAGGAGGUAGACGAGGCGUCCCUGGUGGACUUGACCGAGUUGGAGCAAAUUCAGGAGGAGGAGGAAGAUGUAAAGUCUGUGUUCAGCACCGAAAAGGCGGUUUCGAUGAAGUGCAACACCUGCGGGGAUAGCUUUCGAUCGUUGAACGAGAUGCGGACACAUUCACACAAGGCUGCACUUCCGGAGGAUGAGUACGAUGCGGAGCUGGAGUUUCUUGACGAUCCGGUUGAGUUUAAUCUGGACGAGAUCGAGUACACCAACGAGGAACGUCUGGAGGAAGAGGAACGCUCGGAAGCACCGCUUGAAGAAUUUGCCGUUGGCGGGGAUCAAAAAGAGUCGGAAACGGAGCUGGAAUAUGAACUAAUACAAGAGGAAGAGAAACCACUGCCAAAGAUAGUACUUUGUCGGCUUGCAAAGUGCUCCGAGUGUAACGUAGAAUUUAGUUCUAAAGCUAAAUUAAAAGAGCACAUAAAAGAGCAACAUUUAAUCGAUUCAAACCAACAAGUGUGCGAUAUUUGCGGGUUGAUGGUACGCACCAAAUCGGCAUUACUCUCCCACAAAGCUAAGCACAGUCGAUCGUCAAAGUACGAUUGUACGUUCUGCGGUAAGAGCUUCCAGCAGAAGGGAGCGCUCACUCGUCACAUGCCCAUGCACACAGGUGAAAAGCCCUACCAGUGUGAUAAGUGUGGGAAGCAAUUCAUUCACUAUUCGAGUUUCCACAUGCAUCAGCUGACGCACGGGAAUGUUCGCGACAAAAAGUGUGAAAUCUGCGGUUACAUGCUGCGGUCGGGGUCGCAUCUGAAGCGCCACAUGAGGGUGCAUUCCGGGGAAAAGCCAUUCGAGUGUCCAACCUGCGGUCAGAAGUUUGCCCAACGCUACAACAUGAUGACCCACCUGAAGGCGCACCAGGGCAUCUACCGGGAGUACUCGAAGAUGUACAAGUGUCACUUUUGCGACGGCACCUUCCAGCGUAAACUCAAACUGCAGGAGCACAUUUCACGCGUGCACAACACCGUCAUCGACUCGGGACUGCUAAAACCUGUGGAUCGACCCCGGAAGCAGAAAAAGACAGCUGGAGGUGAUGUUGCUGAUGUUACGAAUGACGAUAAACAGGUGAUCAAAUUUGAACAGCACGAGGACGAACACUUUGGUGGAGUAGAUUAUGUUAGUUGUUGAGCAGUAAAGUGCCUUUUUUACAGUG